GAGAGGAGGAGGAGGAGGAAGCAGAAAUAAAUUACUGAGACUCCCAGCUUCAGUCCAAGAAAAGUAUCGCAAGAAAUCCCUGCAAUCUACUUCUGAUGAGAGUCUAAACGGGAAUCCGACAAGGGAAGGCGGAGCGGAAUAUCGCACUCAGUUACUUCAGCCUUAGCUUCAAGGGGUUUGUUGCCGAAGCUUUCAAAACAUUUCCAGCCAGUGCCGUAACAACAUGGGACUUUGGAUGAUGUUGAUUCUGCCUUUGACAGUCACGGUUGGACAGGUCACGACGCUCCCGCCGGAGCGGACAGAUUUCACAUAUCAUCUGUCCCAUGCAAGAGCCGAUGCCGUGAAUCCAAAAGACCAGCGCUGGAGACGAAGCACGCCCAUUAAUGUCAACUCCGUCAAAACUUUGGAUGCUGAAGGGGUCCAGCUGAGCCAGGACCUAGUAGGAGCGAGUCUUGCCAUUGACACCCUGCCAGACAAUGGAACUAAAAUUGUGGAAGAUGACCAUAAUUAUUAUGUAUCCAGAAGCUACGGGCCAAAUGAUUCUAGAACAAAGGAGCUGUGGGUUGACUUCACAAAGGUGGACAAGAAUAAAGUGAAGGUGCACAAUAUUCUGUCAAACACACACCGACAAGCUUCGAGAUUGAUUCUGUCCUUCGAUUUCCCUUUCUAUGGCCAUUAUCUGCGUCAGAUCACCAUAGCAACUGGAGGCUUCAUAUUCACUGGAGAUGUCAUCCAUCGGAUGCUGACAGCCACUCAAUACAUUGCUCCACUCAUGGCCAACUUUGAUCCCAGUUACUCCAGGAAUUCCACUGUCAGAUACUUUGAUAACGGGACAGCAUUCGUCGUCCAGUGGGAUAAAGUGUUUCUGCCUGACCGGGAGGACGUUGGUAGUUUCACCUUCCAGACCAUGCUGUGUCAAGAAGGGAGAAUCGUGUUCAGCUACAAGGACGUUCCAAUAACUGUGACUCAGAUAAAUUCAGCACAGCACCCUGUCAAAGUAGGAUUGUCUGAUGCCUUCAUGAUAGACCAUGUGGCACCACAUGCUCCUGAUGGCCAGAGUCGAACAAUUUACGAAUAUCACAGGGUGGAAAUGGACAAGACAAAGAUUAGGAGCAACUCCGCCUUUGAGUUCACUCCAGUUUCCAUGUGUCUGCAACAUCUGAGUUGUAACGCCUGUGUCAAUGCUGAGGAGAGCUUCAACUGCAGUUGGUGUGGUGUACUCCAAAGGUGUUCUAAUGGGUUUGAUCGGCACCGACAGGAGUGGCUGGACUAUCACUGUAUGGACGAGCAUAACAUUGAGCUCUGCGAGAAUCUUCCAGAACAUUUCCAAGAUACCUCCUCAACAACAACCCUUUCAAACUCAUUGGAAAGCGACACCACGUCAGUGCUUCUUUCAAGCAGUCUCACGACAGAAGAUGACACAAAAUUGAUCUUUCAUGUGAGGGAUGGUGCAAUAACGGAAGAGAGCCCAGCAGAGAAGAAGGGAAAUCCCAUGCACACUGGUGUGGUGGUGGGCAUCGUGCUGGCAGUUAUCGUGAUCACUGUCAUUAUCCUAGUCGUCAUCUAUGUCAAUAGUCAUCCACUGUCUUCUGCAGCCUUAUUUUUUAUCGAGCGCCGUCCCCACAGAUGGCCAGCCAUGAAGUUCAGGAACAAUGCUGGACAACCAACCUACACAGAGGUGGACACCAUGGGUCAUGAUAAAGAAGGGUUCCUGGAAGCUGCACAGUGUUAAAACCAUCUCAGGAUGAACCAACUGAAGUGAAAAAUGAUCAUGGUUUUCCUAACCAUGAUGCACAAAGCUGUAUUCUCUCCAUUUCCCAGAUUCCAUCUGUGGAGAAUUACCUUACAAACUAGCUUCACGUUAUGACGGAAUUGUACUGACCACCAUCCCUGCUAACAGCCAAUCCUACCUAUGACAAUAUGAUGAAGAAUAAGUUGCAACUAAUAAGUAUAUGUACAUUUAUUUCUUUGUGAACCAGUUAUGUCCAGAUCCAUAUAUAUGCAACAUACCAGAGUAUAGGUAGACCUUAUACAAUGGGGCAUUUUCAUCUACUUUGCUGGGGAAGUGGAUGGAAUUUUGAUUUGGUUCAUAUAAUUUAUAUAGUACAGUUAAGAUCAUAAGACCAUAAAGUAUAUAAGCAGAACUGGGCCAUUUGGCCCAUCAAAUCUGCUCCACCAUUCCAUCAUGGCUGAUUUAUUAUCCCUUUCAACCCCAUUCUUCUGCUUUCUCCCCAUGACCUUUGAUGCCCUGAUUAAUCAACUUCUGCUUUAAUAUACCCGACAACUUGGCCUCCACGGCUGUCUGUGACAAUGAAUUCCACAGAUUCACCACCCUCUGUCUAAAAGAAAUUCUUCCUCAUCUCUAUUCUAAAUGGAUCUCCCUUUAUUCUGAGCCUGUGUCCUCUGGUCCUAGACUCCUCCACUAUUGGAAACAUCAUCUCCACUUCCACUCUGUCUAGGCCUUUCAAUAUUCAAUAGGUUUCAAUGACAUUACCCCCUCAUUCUUCUAAAUUUCAGUGAGUACAGGUUCAGAGCCAUCAAACUCUCCUCAUACAUUAACCCUAAUUAAUUACAUUAAUACAUUAAUCAUAAUUCCUGGAAUCAUUCUCAUUAAUAUGCAUGGACUCAAGUUAAUAUGCACAGUUUUUCAUCCUCCUCUUCCCCCCAGAGAUACAAACUCUGUGCUGUCCUCAUUGUCAAAGCCUGUCAGCAUUGUAUUUCACAUUUGCUUUUGUUUUUCAGUUUACAUUUUGAAAUAAAUGAAUUUUCAUUAUCAAAGGUGCACGUAGGACUGUCUAGAUUUAAGAGGGACAUAAGUCACAGGACUUCUGCAAUGAAGAUCCCAUGCCAGACAUAAUGGUUUUUUGUACAAUAAUGUGGGAAGGAAUCUGUGUUCCACCUUUUCCUUUGCCUCCCAUUUCCCCUGAACACCCCUGGGUAUCAGAUCCCAUAUGUAGAACCGGCUUGCACUUGUUCACUUUGUGUUUUGGCAAGACUGCUGGCUCCAGAUCUCAGCAGUCAUGGUCCGGAUGAGCUGAGUCCCUCAGCUGAGGUGUGAAGCAUUGCCCUUGAUAUCAUGACUAAGUGUAAAUUCAAGAAGCCCUGUUAAAUCUAACUUCAUUGGGAAUGUUCUCAGCUGACUGGAGUCUGCGCUCACACAACAGAGAUUGGUUUUGGUUGUUGGGGGAGAGACAAUGAUCUCAACCCCAGGACAUCACUGCUGGAGUUCCUCCGGGCAUUGGCCCAAGCCCAGUGUCUUUGGAUGCUUCACAAUUGAUCUUCUGUGGGGUCAGGGGUGAGAAUGUUCGCUGGUGAUUGCUCAUUGUUCACUACAUUCACAGCUCCUCAACAUAUGCCUGCAAGUUCUGAACAAUAUUAAUGCAUGGACUAAUAUGCCAAGUAGCCUUCAUACCAAGCAAGUGCCAAACAGAGACAUGGGGAAGUCAAACCAUCUACCCUUGCCAUUCUAUUAUAACAUUGUCACUAAGUCAGCAGAAGCUACAAGCCUCCAUUGACCAUAAUUGUUACUGGACCAGCCACGUAAAGACUGAAGAUUAUCUAUAUUUGUUACCUGAACAUCAAAGCACACAUUGUUUGCAUUAUGGAUGUGCUGGGGGCAGCCCGCAAGUAUUGCCACGCUUCUGGCCCCAACAUAGCGUGUCCACAACCUAUUCAUCUUAACCUGUAUGUCUUUGGAAUGUGGAAGGAAAUCAGAGAGCCGGAGGAAGUCCAUGUGGUCAUGGAGAGAACAUAGUUUACAUAGUAUUUAGAACAACAGUAUUGUGCUAACAGCUACGCUAUCACAUCAGCCCCCACCCACACACACACACAGACUGUAAUUAUGGAAACUGCAACAGUAGGUCAAAGUCUGGGCAAGUUGCGAAGAAGAGGGGCUCAUCUCUUGACAACAACCCGAAGUCUUGCCACUGUCAAUGAGGCACAUAAGAACAAUAACAGAAUACUCCAUAGGAUAUGUACAGCUUACGGUUAGCACAAUGCUUUACAGCAUAGGCUAUAAGAUCAGUGUUCGAUUCAGUGUUUGGACAUUUUCUCCAUGACCAUAUGGGUUCCCUCCUCAUGGUUCAGUUUCUUCCCGUAUUCCAAAGACAUAGGGGUCAGUGAGCUGUGGGCAUGCUAUGUUGGUGCUGGAAGUGUGGUGACACUUGCGGGCUGUUCCAGCACAAUCCUCACUAAUUGGAUUUGAUGCAAAUUCACUUGUGUUUCGACGUACUUGUGACAGAUCAAGCUAAUCUUUAGAAAACAAGAGUCCUAUCAUCACUCUGGACUGGGCAGCCCACUUGCCCAUCACCCCACCCACUGAUCUCUUCCUUCACCGAUCGGGCAUUGCAUUUGCAGUAUUUGUCAUGUAGUGAGUACUCAGCAGGUACUUGCCUAGGCUCCUCUGGCAGUGCCACCCAAACCUAUGAACUCGACCUCAGUGGGCACAGGCAAAUAUCCACCAUAUACAGUUUCAAUGUUAUUCAUGGGCCUACAUACCCAGUAUAUAAAUGCCAUGAAAGUUAGCUUCAUGCAGCGGUGCUACUCUACAUUAUAAACAUGAGAACAAUAUUUUAACAUCAACGUGAGGUCACCUAGCUACAGGAAAGCUAUCAGUAAAAUUGAAAGAGUACAGAGAAAAUUUACAAGGAUGUUGCCAGGAUGACGACCUGGAUUAUCAAGAGAAGUUCAAUAGGUAGGACUUUAGUCCUUAGAGUGCAGGAGAAUGAGAAAAGUUUUGAUAAACGUUUACAAAAUUAUGAGGGUAUAGAUAGGGUAAUUUCAAGCAGGUUUUUUUCCACUGAGGUUGGCUGAGUCUAGAAUAGAGGUCAUAGGUUAAGGAUGAAAGGUGAAACGUUUAAGAGGAACAUGAAGGGCAAUUUCUUCACUCAGAGGGUGAUGUGAGUGUGGAACAAGCUGCCAGAGGAAGUGUUGGAUCUGGGUUUGAUUGCAACAUUGAAGAGAAAUGUGGAUAAAUACAUGGAUGGGAGGAGUAUGGAGGCUAUAGUCCAGGUGCAGGUUAAUGGGACUAGGCAGAAUAAUAGUCUGGCAUAGACUAGAUGGGCUGAAGGGCCUCUUUCUCUGUUUUAGUACUCUAUGACUCUAUAACAUAAAUUAAACCUAAUUUAUACAAUAUGAUAAACAUAAAGUAAAUAUAACAACAUACUAGACAACAUGGUAGCGUAUAAGUUAGCAUAACUCACACAGUGCCAGCGACCCAGGUUCAAUUUCCACUGCUGUCUCUAAAGAGUUUGUCAGUUCUUCCCACGACCAUGUGUUUCCUCAGAGUGCUUUGAGGUGUGGGUCUUCAGGUUUCUGUACCUCUCCAAACCACACACUAUUUUGACUUGGGAGAACAUUGACAUUAUGUCAGUAUUCUGGAACUCCCUGACCAAUGUGAGAACACCUUCACCAGAAGGACUGCAGUUGUUCUAGACUGCAAAUCAUCUCCACCUUCUCAAGGAUAAUUAGGGACAGGUAAUAGAUACUGGCCUUGGCAGAGAUGCACACACCUUAAAAAAAUUAAAACCAGGAGAAAAGACUACGCUAGAAGCAGAUGGGGGACUAAAUCCCCUGGUCUAAGUGGCUGUGUUUGAAUUGGGAUUCUACUAACUUCACUGUGUUUUCAACAACAAGCAGAGAUAGUCACACCUGUAUUCGACUUUGCCCAUGGAUCUCACAUGCACACACACAUCUAUGCUUUUGCACAUGCGUACAUAUUCCAAAAGUAAUGCAAGCAUGGCUGUACAAACACAUAUGUGUACAUAUACACACAUAAACACACGUGGGGUUUUGAGCUUAGAUUGCUCGGGUGGGGCAGUAUCCCAGAAUAGGAAGUCUGUUUUAUACCUCUCUCCUUGUUCUUCAAGCAUCUUGAAAAAUUCCUUGCCCCUGCUCAUAGCCCAGUCCGAAUUAGACCACUCAGCACAGUGCAUUUAUAGAACGUGGGGACGUUCUGAAGGAUUUGCCACAGCAUAUGUGGAACAAUUCAACAAGAAUAUAUUUAUUUGAUUGCUUGUGUCCACAGUUGGUCAAACUGCUUGUGAGCACUUGCUUUCAAGAGAGCACUUGUGAAUUUCAAGGGCAGAUUUUACGUGUCCUUAUUUGAGAGCCGGUCUUCAAUGUGAUUGCCUCAUGCCUCACUUGUUCUUGUGCAAAUAAAGCUUUCAGAAUGCUUUUGCUUGCCUGCCUCCUCAUUAAUUCAAAAGGCCCAGAUAGAGUGGAUGUGGAGAGAAUGUUUCCAACAUUUGGGGAGUCUAGGACCAGAGGGCACAGCAUCAGAAUAGAAGGAUAUCCAUUUAGAACAGAGAUGAACAGGGAUUUCUUUAUCCAGAGGGUAGUGAAUCUAUGGAAUUCAUUAUCACAGAUGGCUGUGAAGGCCAAAUCAUUGGGUAUUACAAAGUGGAGGGUGAUAGGUUCCUGAUUAAUAAAGAUAUCAAAAGUUGUGGGCAGAAGGCAAGAGAAUGGGGUAUAUAGGGAUAAUAAUGAUGGCACACCGAUAACCUAAUUCUGCUCCAACGUCUUAUGGUUUCUAUCAUAAUAUGGCAGCCAGAGAAGCCAGUCUGUUUCAAGAGAAGAUCCCACAACCAAUGCAGAGAAACAGCGAUAACAUUUCUGGUUGAGCACGCUCCAUCAAAUUCAAAGUAAAAAUUAAUUAUCAAUGUACUUAUACACUCAGUGUCCCCUUUAUUAGAUAGCACCCAUACCUAAUAAAGUGGCCACUGAGUGUAUAUUCAUGGUCUUCUGCUGCUGUAGCCCAUCCACUCCAAGGUUCAACAUGUUCUGCAUCCAGAGAUGCUCUUCUGCACACCACUGUUGUAACAUAUGGUUAUCUGAGUUACUGUCACCUUCCUGCCAGCUUGAACCAGUCUGGCCAUUCUCCGACCUCUCUCAUUAACAAGAUAUUUUCACAAUGGUGAACUGCCACUCACUGGCUGUUUUUGUUUUUCGCACCACUCUCUGUAAACUCUAGAGACUGCUGUGUGUGAAAAUCGAAGGAAAUCAGCAUUUAUGCAGUACUCAAACCACCCUGCCUGGCA